AUAAAGUGAAAAAGAAGCGUGAUUUUGAUAUCAGUCGCGUUAGCUUUUCGUGCUAUUGAGGAGGAAUCGCUCAGGAGCAAAGCUCUAGAACGAAUUAUAAAGAGUGUGAUUAGUCGCUUUGAACCAGAAGAAGAGGAAGUACUGGAACUGGUCGCAAAAUGAACAGCGAGUUUGUAACGGUUCUGUUUCUGGUGAUAUUCGCCUCUUGGCAAAUCUCUGCUUUUGACGCGGUAAAUGGAAAUAAUUUUGAUUUCCAAAUGAAAGGGAAUCUUGCCGAAGAAAACGACAAUGGUAUUGAGGAUAUUGAGACAAGGGUAGAGAGGGAGAAAAACAGAAAUUUUUACGCUGAUGAUUUAGAAAACAGUGAUGAAGAUCUAUUUUUUUCCAAAGACGAUGAUGAACUCAAGAAAAGGUAAGCUAUCGAGACAGUUUUGAAUUUUUGUCGAUUCAUCAUUUAUAUCGGAACAAUUAUGUUAGAAAAAAUUUCCCGCAACUGUGUACUCAAAUCAUUUCAGACAAAUAUGUCACCGAAUACCAAAUGAAUACAAUAUGUUGGAGUAAAAGGAGUGUCUUACAGAUUACGAAAAAAUAUGGAACCUAUUUGAUUUUAUAACUACAACACUUUCCGACAAUUUAAAAGCGUGAUUAGGUCGAGAAUGUUAAACGCAUUUCCAGUUAUGACAAAUCGUAACAGAUGCAAAACAAUUAAAUGAAUGGUUUAAUUUCGUAGCAAAUCACGAAGUAUUCCGCUCAAUAAAACCAGUGGAAGCAAACUAAUUGAAAAAAAAUUUUUGGUAUUAUACUUAAUUAUGAAAGUGUUUCCUUCGGAUGUUACGGUUCUCUCGAAGGAUCAGGGUUAAUACCAAAUUCAUUAGAUUUUAAUUCCUAGAUGUCUUGUUUAUCAGCGAAUUACCAAAUUUUGACAGCUUUGAGAAAGCUGAGUCGAAGUCAGAUGUGAAUAGUUUAAGCUGACCCAGCUUCGAUUAAGAUGGAGAGAUUACCAAUGACGCGUUUGACAAAGGAAAAUAGAAAAAGUUGGAAUUUUUAGUUGUAAUGAUAUGAAAAAAUUAUAUUCGUUGUGAUCGAAUGGAAGAUAGCUUUCAACCAACUCACUGUGCAUCUGUCUUAAUGUGCAACGUUUUAAUUCCAGUCAUGGUUCGACAUGUUUGUUAACGAGUAAUUUUUUCUUUAGCAGAGAGAGAAAAUAAAAAAAAAAGUUUUUAGAUAGUGCGAUUUCUAUUUUCCAUCUCAAUGCAUCUCUGAAUUGUUAUGAUUUAAGAAUUCCAAAAGCGGUAGCUUACAAAUUGAACUGAAAGCUUCUUUUCAAUCUUGACAGUAUUGACUAUAGUGAUUGGGAUGCAGCUGACAAGUUCACUGAGAUCAACGAUGAAUUAGGAAAAGAAGCUGAUGAGGAAGAAAAGGACGAAAACAAAGAAAAAGAAGAAAAGGAAAAAGAAAAAGAGAAAGGAAUCCUGAGAAGGUUGUUCGAAAAGUUUAAAAACUGGAUUCAUAAAGUUGGCAAAUGAGAACGAUUGCAAGACACGGUAAUUGCUGAACUUGACUUGUGAGUUUUUUCAGCGCUUGAAAACUGACUUGGGUCUGCGAUAAUAAAUCUAUUCAUCACCUCUGCUAUAGAAGAAGGAUAUGCCUAAAAAUAUAUAUUUAAGGGGGGUUAUGAAGUUUUCCAUGAGCAAAAGGCCCUAAAGGAAACACAGUUACGUUCAAAAACUCUGUAAACAUUAAGUGCAGUGAGCUAGAUACAAGAGAUUUUUCGCUAACAUAUUUCAACACAUAUGAUAAAAUUUAAAUGUUUAAGAUGCCUAAUCUUUUUCAUACCUUUUCAAUAUCGACGGUUUCAUUUUUAUCUGCCUUGACCAAACUGACAGACCGAGUCGUUUCUAAUAAUUUUUUAGUACGGAUUACUAAAAAUAUCGAAAAAGAAAACUUGAUAAAGAAAAAGUGAAAGUCAACCUGAAAUUGUAUGCUCUACGCGUCUGAACUGUAACAAAAGGAGCAAUUCCCUUCAUAAACUAAAAACAAUCUGAGAUAAGAUGCGGCUUUCGGAGCCACAUCAUAAAUUUCAGGUUCGAGUCGUUUCCGAACAAAGUCCUUU